UUGUGUCAGAAGCACAAAAGAAAAUCUGGUAGUACAGUGAAGCAAGAAAAGUAAACCUAUUGAUGUGGCAAUUUAGAAUACGCAUUUUAGUAAAUUAUAUCAAAUUGCAGUCUCAAAACUAUUUAUUUGCCAUCUGGUUGAAACAUUGUGAUUUUGUAGAAUUAGUUCGUAAAUAGCAAUAUGCAAAGGACAGUAAUUUGACAUAUCUGAUUAAUGCAGACUGUCAAUUUUACAAUAGCCAUAAUAGUUUGACUCAGCAUUUACUGAGAUUGAUUAUCCUAAAAAUUAUAUAAACUCCAAGAUGCAAUUAGAAAAGGGACUGACAUCGAAGUAUGCAUACAUUACAUAUGUGAUUGCAGCCUAUUGGAUAGUAUCAAUUUUGACUGUAUUCGUGAAUAAAGCACUCCUGUCCAGUGAUGCUGUGAAUUUGAAUGCUCCUUUAUUUGUAACUUGGUUUCAAUGUAUAGUGAGUGUAGCUAUCUGUAUUACUUUACGCAUAAUAUCCCAAUGGUUUCCAGACUGCAUUGAAAUCGCAAAUGAUAGUCCAUUUAAAAAGGAUACUUUGAGAAAGGUAUUGCCAUUAUCAAUUCUGUUUACUGCAAUGAUAGCAACUAAUAACUUGUGCUUAAAAUAUGUUGGUGUUGCAUUUUACUACGUGGGUCGUUCGCUAACGACGGUAUUUAAUGUCGUAUUUACUUAUAUUUUACUCGGACAAACAACAUCUUUCAAAUGUAUAGCAUGCUGCGCAGUAAUUAUUGUUGGGUUCUGGUUAGGGGUGGAUCAAGAGCAUGUAGCAGGUUCUCUAUCUAUUCUCGGAACAUUUUUCGGCGUGCUUGGAUCAUUGUCGUUAUCCUUGUAUUCUAUCCGUAUGAAACAAACGCUCCCGAUCGUAAAUCAAGACAUCUGGCUACUUUCAUAUUAUAACAAUGUGUAUAGCAUUAUUAUCUUCAUCCCGUUAAUGAUAAUUAGCGGGGAACAUACCACUGUAUAUAAUUAUGAGAAGCUUGGACAUCCUCUUUUCUGGGGUGCCAUGACAAUCGGUGGUGUAUUCGGCUUUGCCAUUGGAUAUUUCACUGCCCUUCAGAUAAAAGUCACAUCUCCUUUAACACAUAAUGUUAGCGGUACCGCAAAAGCAUGCGCUCAAACAGUUUUAGCGACUUAUUGGUUUAAUGAAAAGAAAUCGUUUCUCUGGUGGAUAAGCAAUAUCGUUGUCCUUACUGCCAGUGCAUUUUAUGCGAGGAUUAGGCAAUUAGAGUUGAAUAAAGAGUACAGAAUCGAGACACGACAAUUUAAAGUGUAA